GGCUGGCGCGGGGGCGGACGAGGCGGAGGAUGUACCGGGCAACGGCCUCUGCUGGUACAACAGCGGCUACUCCUUCGCGGAGUGCUGCGGGGACAGCCCCGCCAGGAAUUGCUGGGGCGGGUUCUGGUACACCGAGGAGCUCUGCUGCCACGCGCUCCCGCCAGGCUACAGGGAGUGCUACGAGCGGCUGGAGGGCAGGGUGCUGUCCAAGAUGGAGAGGCUUCAGCAGGAGGUGCGCACGAUGGAGGCCAGCGGCAAUUCGGAGGAAGUUGAGGUCUUACUGCGAUACGCGAACUUGUAUAGCUACCUGGUCUCACGGCCACCUGAGCUGUGGAAGUUCGCGUGCUUUGACCCGACGUCGCCGCUGCUGUGGAGCCAGGACUGCGACUGCUGCGAGCCGCCGUUGUCUUGGCGGUCGGAGCUCGAGUGCGCCGCCCGCUCCCAGGGCUUCAACGGAUCAGUCAUGUCCGAGGAGCACCUGCAGUGCUGCUACCCGGUCUACGCCCGCAAGAGCUCGGGCCCACCCGAGGUCCGCCUGGAAGAGGCCGUCGGCACUCGAGUGGCUGCGAGCUCCCUCGACGCCGGGGUGGUGGCCAUGGCGGGCCGUAGCAAGCAGUGGCGCCUGGAGCGCUCCUUCAUCUCCCAAGGCUGCCUGAUCUCGGCGCGCGGGGGCGAGGUGAUCGCGUGCGACGAGGCGGAGUCGUGCGGCGAUCUCCCCGCUUUCGACUGCUCCUACAUGAAGGCCUUCCGGAUGGCCCUGAUCGUGGUAUCCGCGGUGACGGGCUCGCUGCCGGACUUCGACCUGAUCCUCAACACCCAUGACAUCACAACCGUGGGCUUCGAGGGCGUGCCGGUGUUCACGCGCGCGGGGACCAGGUGGGCCAACACGAUCGCGCUGCCGGCGGAGUGGCAGCUGCACCCCGCGCAGUGCAACCGCCAUGUCAUGGACGCGCUGCAGGCGGGGAGCCACGUGCCCUGGGAGGAGCGCGAGGCGAAGCUGGUGUGGCGCGGCACGGCGUCAAACUGCCGCACCUCCCGCUGCAGGCUGACCGCCGCCGCCGACGACGCCGAGGAGCUGGAGAAGUGUGUGCCCCGCGGCAAUGAGACUUUCGAUUGUCUGUGGAACUUCACCACGUGGCAUCAGAUGCCGCGCGGCCGCCUGGUGUGGACGGGGCGCUUCGUGCCCUGGAUGAUCGAUGCCAAGCUCGUGCACUUCGAGGACCCAGAGGACAGAGGCUGGGCGGCUCCUGCCCUGGAGCGCUUCUUGAUCGAUGAAGGCCUGCUCGUGUCGGAGCGCAUGACCGUCAGGGACCAGGCAGCGUACAAGUACGCGAUCGCCGUGGAGGGCUUCGCAGCCGCCGAUCGCGUCUACUGGCAGCUGUUCACCAGCUCCGUGGUGCUCAUUCCGGACGGGCCCUGGCAGGUGUUCGCGGUCCACGACAUGCUCGAACCGUACGUGCAUUACGUGCCUGUGCGGUAUGACUUAGUGGACUUGGUGGAGAAGGUGGAGUGGCUCAGGCGGCACGAUGCGGAGGCGAAGCAGAUCGCGCAGAACGCGAAAGCCUUCGCCCUGCAAUACCUGACGUGCGACAACCUGGUCUACUUUGUGGACAGGCUCGUUCGGGCGUACGCCGACCGGCUAUCGGACUCGCUCCCGGCCGG